AAGUAAGCAAGUUGAACCUCCCUCUAGGAGUUAUUUUGCUGCUGCUGCGAGAUACUUCCCAUAACAGCUGGCCACGUCACCCGCUGCCCCGUGGCCGUCCUGUGACCUGUCCCUCGUGUCCUGCCUCUCCGUCUCUCCCUCGUGGCUACAGCAAUAAGCCGGGAUGACCAAGCUGUUGGAAUGGUUGACUGUUGCAGUGCUCAUCCUUGGGCCGUGGUCAGCAGUGGUCACCAACACCGUCCAGAAUGAGUUCACACGCAAGCACUACCAAGAGAUACUCCUCCUGCCAGUGAUCCUCGUGGCAGUGUUUGGGGUAGUGUCCGUUGCCAUCAUUGCCUACAGGGUCUACACCUUCAAUGACUGUCUGGAGGCUUCUGAGGAACUACAGAGGCAAAUCAAGGAGGCAAAGGCAGAUCUAGCAAAGAAGGGUUUGAAGUUAGACUAAGAUAAUUUGCUAUCAUGGUGGUAAAAUGUGUGUACCUGUAAUUCAUGAUUGAUUUGUUUACUUUUUAUAAAAAGAAAAAUUAAAGCAAAGUUUACUUGCUUAACAUGAAAAUAUACGUUUCUUUCACCAGAAUUUGUUUCAUAUGAAUUAUAAAAGCUACUACUGAAUGAAAAUGUGGCGUGUGCAAGGUCUUUCAUCUUCAGUGAACUACUGAAGCUUUACAGGGUAUGACUAUAUCUUCAAAUAAGGUUACACUAUGCUGUAAAAUACAGCUGAGCUGGAGAUGUGCAUCUACUUAAUGUUUGCUACCAAUGAAAGGGUUAAAUCAAAAUGUAGAACAGGUAUGCUGCACCUUGCUACUCUGGUUAGGAUAGAAUCAACUGCCAAAAGGGAAAAAUAUACAGUUAUUGCUAACAAUGCAGCAAAUAACAAAAACUUUUAAUUUGAAAGAUAUUCAGCAUUCUGCAGAUUUAUGUGGCUUGGCUGAAUAAUACUUGUCAUGAAUAUUGGGAAGCUUAAGGGAUGCCAGGUAGCAAGGAUAAGAUGAAAGGAUUGAUAACUAAUUUGAAUAUUUUGGAACACUUAACUGACCAGACAAUAUUUUAAAGAAUAGUCUUCCUGUGUAACAUAGUUUUACCAUCAUUAUAAAUGUUAUUUAUAAAAUUGUUAUUUAUUAAACUGCUGAUGCAGUGAGGCCAUUUUUAAGUGUGGUGGACUUGAAACAAGUUAAUUGUUAGAGCACAUAUUUUUUAUACUUUAUAAAAUAAAAUGUUUCAUUUUGAA